CACCAGCGAGGGGACAGCCACAGCAGCGAGUGACAGCCAGUGCACAUGGCUGGGGACAGCGGGAUGGCCGGGAAGGUGGCACUGCUCCUGUGGGCCCAGACCCUCGGCCUCGCUGGUGCCCAGAUGUCCCAGCUCCUCCUGGAGCCUCCCUGGAGGCCGGCGGUGCUGUGGGACCCAGUGACACUGACCUGCCAGGGCUUGGGGACCGCCGGUGACACCACCUGGUACAAGGACGGGAAGCGCUGGGGGCAGCAGGGACGCGACCAUGUCACUGUCACCAAGAGUGGCACCUACACCUGUGACAGACCUGGCAGCGGGCGCAGCCCACCUGUGACAGUCUCACACGACUGGCUGGUGCUGCAGGUGCCGGCGUGGGCGCUGCUGGAGGGGGACACGGUGACACUGCGCUGCCGGGGCUGGCAGAACAACCCGGUCACCAGGGUGUCCUUCUACCGCGAGAGGGAGAAACUGAGGGGGCUCCGCGAUGGCACCGAACUGUCCCUGUCCCCUCUGCAGCUGCACCACAGCGGCAGCUACCGCUGCACGGGCCUGGUGGGAUCCUGGAGGUUGCAUGAGUCAGCACCGGCGACAAUGACAGUGCAUGCCAGGUUAGAGUUGCAGGUGUCGGCGCGGGAGCUGCUGGAGGGGGACACGGUGACACUGCGCUGCCUGCGCUGGCACGACAACCCGGUCACCGGAGUGCAAUUCUAUCAUGGGGACAAGGAGGUGGGGAGGCCCCUCAAUGGGACCGAGCUGUCCUUGUCCCCUCUGCAGCUGAACCACAGUGGAAACUACAGCUGCGAGGGCCGGGUGGACUCCGGAGUGUCACUGUGGGCAAAGUCGGCACCAGUGACAGUGACAGUGCACGAGCUCUUCUCGCUGCCGGUGCUGGCGGGUCCCCCCGAGCCCACCCUGGGGUCGCCCCUGACUCUCAGCUGCCUCAGCACCCCCAGCCCCCUGCGGCCCCCAGCCCCCCUCAUGCACGUGUUCUACCGGGACGGGCAGGUGCUGGGGGGCCCGCAGGUGUCCCCACAGCUGCUGGUGCCCUCCGUGGGGGUCUCCCACUCGGGGAAUUACAGCUGCCAGGUGCGCUCCGAGAGGGGGAACGUGCGGAAGAGCAGUGCCCGGCUCCGCGUCACGGUGCGCAUGCCCGUGGCCAAUGCCACCAUCACCCCCGGUCCCCUGGCACACCAGGUGCGCCCAGGUGACAAUGUCACACUGCACUGCUCGGUGCAGGUGGGCUCAGCCCCUGUCACCUUCACCUGGCUGCACAAUGGGCAGGAGGUGGCCCGGGGUCCCCUCCUGGAGCUCAGGGACAUCGAUGUGGGACAUUCGGGCACCUACCAGUGCGUGGCCACCAACCAGCUGGGACAGGACGGGCACCGCGUGUUCCGGGCACUCAGCCCUGAGCUGGAACUGGAGGUGACACCUUGGUCACCCUGGGUCACAGUGGCCGCAGGGGUCGGUGGGGCCCUUUUGUUUCUGCUCCUGCUCGUGGGUGUCAUUGUUGCCUGGCACUGGUGGCACCACCUGGGUAGGUGA